UAUUAUUAUAGCCGCAACAGUCGCAACAGGUGCCCGUCGCAGAGCAGUCGCAGCUUUACUCGCGCGACACGUCGCACAGAGCCAUAUAUAUUAUAUACAGGAUUCGCGUAAGACGACGACGACUACGAGCACGAUAGGUACGCGCGCGUAAAAAUAAUAUCGUACGAUAUCGUAUUGCUGUGGUUCUAUACUGCAGCAGACGAUCGUUAUAAUAUAAAAUAUAAUAUUACCAUCGGUAUUGUAUACGCCGCGUAAUAUCGCGUACGAUCGUCGAUCGUGUACGCCGAACACCGUGUGUGGUACAGCGACGGGAAAAGUGUUGAGAGGGUGCGUUUGAUUGAUAUUAUUAUUGGGUUUCCGCGAAUACACGGGCGGUUUUCCAAGUCGCGAGUGCGCCGACCGCGUAGCCCCCGAGCCAGAUCGUGCACCCUUACGAUAAUAUCAGCUAGGUAUUGAAAUCUCCCGCGUCGAAAUCAUGAUGGAUUCCACUUCGGCAGACUGUUGCGUUUUCGCCAAGGAGUCCAUGACCGUGGAGGGGUACAUGGCUUCUCCGCCCGCAGUGCACCAGAGGACCAACAGCCAGUUAAAGGACCACAAAGAAUUCUUAAAGAAAUCAAAAGAUUCAUUGUUGUCGAGGAGUGUAAAGGAAUUAUCGUUACUGCAAUUCCAUGAAGUUGAACCACAUUUACAAUCCAAUCCAUAUAUUACAUCCGGCUAUAGAGCGAGUCUAUCGACAAAAAUGUGUAUAGAGAGCGCUUUUUGGCUGACUAAUGAAACCAUAAAUAUUUGGUCACAUGUAUUUGGCUGGAUGCUGUUUUUUGGAUUAACAAUUUAUGACUUGUUACUGUUGAAUAUUCACGCUUCACCGUUCGAUAAGCUUGUCGUGGGUCUACUACUCGGAUGUUUUCAGAUUAGCAUGGCAUCGUCGACUAUGUACCACACGUUUUCGUGCAAAUCCGAAAAACAUUUCAACUGUUUUUUAUCUUUUGACUUGUUCGGCAUAGCGUUGAGCUUGUUGGGAAUCUACUUGUCAGGAAUUUAUUACGCUUUUUGGUGUCAUCCCGUACAUCGAAUGUUUUACUUAUCCACGGUGUUCUUUAUAUUUGUAACUGUCAUGGGAUUGCAAUUACCAAAGCUGAAAGCAAGUGAUAAUUUGAAAAUGAUCUCAUUUGUGUGUUGGGCAGCAUACGGAGUGAUACCGACGUGUCACUGGGUUAUAAUCAUGGGUGGAUGGGAAAAUCCAAUAGUGGCCAAAUUGUUAUCAAGAAUUUUAAAUAUGUACCUUAUUUCCGGAUUAGCGUUCCUGAUUUACGUUACUAGAAUGCCAGAACGGUUUUUCAAAGGUAAAUUAGAUUACAUAGGAUCAUCGCAUCAGUGGUGGCAUUUCCUGGUCGUGAUUGCGUUGUAUUACUGGCACAACACUGGCAUUUUGUACAUCGAGUACAGAAUGAACCACGGAUGUGUCAAUGACUUACGACUAUAAUAUUCAUUUUGCUCAAAGUGUACCUUCGUUGUUAUUUUAUAAUUAAAUUAUUUUUAAUGUUAAGUAAAUUACCUAUAUAUUAUAGUAUGUUUGUUAUUUUGCGGUUUGUCGAGAAUUUUCUGUGAAACAUUUCUUAAACUACAUUAUAAAAUUCAAUUUUUUAUGUAAAUAAAAAAUUUUUAUUAAUAAAAUGGAAUCGAUUGAAUACA